UUUGCCCGGACAGAUCCGGAGGGGGAGAAGCCCGUAGCGCCUCAAUUUUUGAUCGGAUCAUUUGUAAAUGUGUGAAUCCACACCGCCACCCACAAAUUCGCUCGAAUUAUCCGAUAAAUUUUGUGGAUUUUGGAGCUUUCGCUGUCGUUUUGUGUCGGUUAGUGCGUGGGGAUUUUGAUCGUUUUCGAGGUGGAUGUUUUUUUUGGUUGAGUUCGUUUUUGGAGAGGGGAAAUUUUGUGUCUUUUUUGUUACUUUUUUUUGAUUGAUCCGCGUAUUGCGCUCGAAAAAUUGGGGCUUUUGUUGGGUUUAGGCUUGGAUUUUUUAGUGUGGGGUUUUUGGCGGCUGCUUGGGGUGUGAGAUUCCUCAAGCUGGCGAUCCAUGGACAUGGCCGCGAGCUCUGUCUCUUCCCGUGGCGAGGCACAGAGCGGGCCGGCCGGGCGCCGGCUCGGCGAGCGGGGGCUCGUGGACCGCGAGGAGCUGGUGCGCGUCAUCGCGCAGUCGCUCUACUCGCUCGGGUACCGGAAGGCGGCGGCGGCGCUGGAGGCGGAGUCCGGCGUGCCGCUGUACCCGCCGGAGCACGACCGCCUCCUGUUCGACGUAAUGUCUGGCCGGUGGGACGCGUGCGUGGCGACGAUUCGCUCCGUCGCGGGCCUCGGGGACGGGGACCGUGCGGCCGCGGAGUUCCUGGUGUGGAGAGGGUGCUUCUUGGAGCUUCUGGGGAUCGGCGAUGCUGGGCUGCCGCGUGCGAGGGAGGUGCUCUGGCGCCGGAUCGCCCCUCUCGUCAUUGACCGGGAGUGCGUGCACUGGCUGGCACGCGCAAUGAUCUCGUGCGAGGGGGCGGUCGCGCCCGAUGCUGUGGUCGGGUGGAGGAUUGGGCUUUUCUUGGAUCUGGUUGAUGCUUUCCCGCCAUGGUUCCAUGUGCCAAGCGGUCGGCUUGAGCUUCUGGUGGAGAAUGCGGUUAUCCAGCAGGUUUCCUCCUGUGUAUAUCACAACUCGCCGGAUGAGAUCACUCUAUUUGAGGAUCAUAAGUGCCCUGAAGAACAGAUUCCUUCGAAAUGUUCGCAGAUAUUAUGUGGUCAUAACAAUGAAGUUUGGUUUGUAAGGUUCUCAAAUGAUGGAAACUACCUGGCAUCAUCUUCAAGUGAUUGCACGGCCAUCAUAUGGAAGGUGGAAGAGGAUGAUACACUAACCAAGAAACACUGUCUUGAGGGUCACAAAAAUCCAAUUUCUUUUGUUGCCUGGAGUCCGAAUGACAGAAUGCUGCUCACUUGUGGUAAUGGGGAAUCAGUAAAACUGUGGAAUGUUGCUACUGGUGAAUGUAGUCUUAAAUUUAGCAGCUCAGUGGACCAUAUUAUCAAUUCAUGUGCUUGGUUUCCUAAUUCGGAGAAAAUAGUGUGUGCCAGCUGUGAGCCUGACAGUUCUCCAAAUAGGAUCUUCACCUGUGACCUAGAAGGUCAAGAACUGGAAGCAUGGGUUGGAGAUAGAAUACCCAAAGUCAGUGAUAUAGCUGUGACUCCUGAUAGCAAACAUCUUAUCUGUGUAUGUUCCAGUGAAAUUUGGAUUCGAGAACUUCCAAAGGGACGGGAAUGGAAAAUACGUGAGCAGCAAACGAUUUCAUCGCUUUCUCUAUCGGGUGAUGGGCAUUCACUGAUCGUCAACCUUAACAGCCAGGAAAUUCAUUUGUGGAAAAUCAGUGAAAGUAAUACUGUGCCAGAUAAAUUCAAGGGACACAAGCAAUUAAAGUUUGUGAUUAGAUCUUGCUUUGGUGGAUCAAAUUCUAUGUUCAUUGCUAGCGGCAGUGAGGAUUCCCAGGUCUACAUUUGGAAUAGACACCUGGAGACACCAAUAAAGGUUUUAUACGGCCAUUCACUUACUGUAAAUUGUGUGAGCUGGAACCCUGCUAGGCCACACAUGCUGGCUUCUGCAAGUGAUGACCGCACAGUUCGGAUUUGGCUAGCGAACAAAGGUUCAUAUCGGUGCAUCGCCCAUGGUUGACGGCUUGACGCUGAAGUUUUGUAUGAUUUCCCUGUAAAAUGUAUAGUUGUACAUUUUGGAUGUAGUAGUGUAGUGUGCACAGAGCAGCUGAGAAUUUUUCCCGUGGACCUUUUUUAGCUACUUCAGAGGCAAACUUUGAACAGGCAGAGGCCCAGAGGUAGCAGUAGUAUAGUACAUGUAUUAUGCCUGGUACCGAUAAAAGUUUUGCUCGUUCCCUCUGUAAAGAAUCACAGAUGCAUCAGAACUCGGUACUGUAUAUUUUAUGAAGUUGGUACUCAUUGGUAUUGAUAUGUCUGGAUGACUGGA